AUGAGAUUACUCACACAUAAUAUGCUGAUGUGCAACAAGAAUAAUUGCACUCAAGGAUAUCCACUCAAAAUAGAGAUAAAUCAGGAGCCGGAUUCCUAUAAAGUGGAGCCACAACCGGUGAACCCAGAAUUUGUAAAGAAAAUGUUAUCCAGGAUGGAUUAUAAAGCGUUAUAUGAAACGGCUAAAUCGCUCGGAAUUGACCUUCCAGUCAACUUUGUGAACGAAGAUUUGGAAAACGAGAACUUCAUAAACGCUGUACAUCACGCAAUUUUCGACUUUCAUGUUCUAGAAGGUAGGCUAGUUUGCCCUUCUUGCUCUCAUAACUAUAAAAUAAGUAAAGGUGACUUCUAUUAA